GGGAGGUGGGUGGGUAUAAAGCAGGGGAGGGGCUGCACGGAGACCUCCCCCAUCGCCUCCGGUUUCUCUCCUCCCCGCCCACCCACCACCACUCUCCCCCCUCCCUCCCUUCCUUCUCCGGAGCGGAGGAGAGAGCAGCCGCGCGGCCUCCGUGCUGCUGCGUGGUAGAGCCGGGCCUCGGGGUUCGCCUGUGGACUCCGCCUGCUCUCUUCCCGUGCUGGUUCGGCGCCCGACCGCCACCCGCCGCCAGCCAUGGGCGGGCUCGAGGAGAUCAGGAACGAGGCCGUCGAUCUGGAGAACAUCCCCAUCGAGGAGGUGUUCGAGCAGCUGAAAUGCACACGCCAGGGGCUCACCUCCGAUGAGGGGGCGCAGCGUGUUGAAAUCUUCGGCCUCAACAAGCUCGAAGAGAAGAAGGAGAGCAAAGUCCUCAAGUUCCUGGGAUUCAUGUGGAACCCACUCUCCUGGGUCAUGGAGAUGGCCGCCAUCAUGGCCAUCGCGCUGGCCAACGGUGGUGGGAAGCCCCCGGAUUGGCAGGAUUUCGUUGGAAUCAUUGUUCUCCUGGUCAUCAACUCCACCAUCUCCUUCAUUGAAGAGAACAACGCCGGCAACGCAGCUGCUGCGCUCAUGGCCAACCUUGCGCCCAAGACAAAGGUGCUUAGGGAUGGUCGAUGGGGCGAGCAGGAGGCAUCAAUCUUGGUUCCUGGUGACAUUGUCAGCAUCAAGCUCGGUGACAUCGUCCCUGCUGAUGCUCGUCUCCUCGAGGGUGAUCCUUUGAAGAUUGAUCAGUCUGGACUUACAGGAGAGUCUCUCCCGGUGACCAAGAACCCUGGGGAUGAGGUCUUUUCUGGAUCAACAUGCAAGCAGGGUGAGAUUGAGGCUGUGGUCAUUGCCACUGGAGUACACACUUUCUUUGGCAAGGCUGCUCAUCUUGUUGACAGCACCAACCAAGUCGGGCACUUCCAGCAGGUCCUCACUGCCAUCGGAAACUUCUGCAUCGUCUCGAUUGCAGUGGGAAUUGUCAUUGAGAUCAUCGUCAUGUUCCCGAUCCAGCGCCGCAAGUACCGUGCCGGUAUUGAGAACCUGUUGGUCCUCUUGAUCGGUGGUAUUCCGAUUGCCAUGCCUACAGUUUUGUCGGUCACCAUGGCUAUUGGUUCCCACAAGUUGUCCCAGCAGGGUGCUAUCACCAAGAGGAUGACUGCCAUUGAAGAGUUGGCUGGCAUGGAUGUGCUUUGCAGUGAUAAGACUGGCACACUCACCCUUAACAAGCUCAGUGUUGACAAGAACCUGGUUGAGGUGUUUGCGAAAGGUGUCGACAAAGAACAUGUGCUGUUGUUGGCUGCAAGGGCUUCAAGGGUUGAAAACCAGGAUGCCAUUGAUGCUUGCAUGGUUGGUAUGCUUGCUGAUCCUAAGGAGGCAAGAGCUGGCAUCAGGGAAGUGCACUUCUUGCCAUUCAACCCUACUGACAAGAGGACUGCUCUGACUUACAUCGAUGCUGAGGGUAACUGGCACCGUGCCAGCAAGGGUGCUCCUGAGCAGAUUAUUACCCUGUGCAACUGCAAGGAGGAUGUGAAGAGAAAGGUGCACUCUGUGAUUGAGAAGUAUGCUGAGCGUGGGCUUCGUUCGCUUGCUGUUGCGAGACAGGAAGUACCCGAGAAAUCCAAGGAUUCUCCUGGUGGACCAUGGCAAUUCAUUGGUCUGUUGCCCCUGUUUGACCCCCCAAGGCAUGACAGUGCUGAGACCAUCCGCAAGGCACUUGUUCUUGGUGUCAACGUCAAGAUGAUCACAGGUGACCAACUUGCUAUUGGAAAGGAGACUGGUAGGAGGCUUGGGAUGGGCACAAACAUGUAUCCUUCUUCUGCAUUGCUUGGCCAAAGCAAGGACGGUUCACUUGAGUCACUUCCUGUUGAUGAGCUGAUUGAGAAGGCUGAUGGAUUUGCCGGAGUCUUCCCUGAGCACAAGUAUGAGAUUGUGAAGAGGCUGCAAGAGAAGAAGCACAUUGUUGGUAUGACUGGCGAUGGUGUCAAUGAUGCUCCUGCUCUUAAGAAGGCCGACAUUGGUAUUGCUGUCGAUGAUGCUACAGAUGCUGCUCGAAGUGCUUCAGACAUUGUGCUUACCGAGCCAGGUCUCAGUGUCAUUAUCAGUGCUGUCCUGACCAGCAGGUGCAUUUUUCAGAGGAUGAAGAACUACACGAUCUAUGCAGUUUCCAUCACCAUCCGUAUUGUGGUAAGUACCUCAAAGAUAUUUCUGCCCACCGAAACGCACUUCAUAUUUCUCCAAAUUAAUAUCACUUCCAUUUUGCAGCUUGGCUUUAUGCUUAUUGCCCUGAUCUGGAAAUUUGAUUUCGCUCCCUUCAUGGUCCUUAUCAUUGCCAUUCUCAAUGAUGGUACUAUCAUGACAAUAUCCAAGGACAGAGUUAAGCCAUCUCCCUUGCCCGACAGCUGGAAGCUCAAUGAAAUCUUCGCCACUGGUGUUGUGCUGGGAACCUACCUUGCUCUGGUGACUGUCGUCUUCUUCUGGCUCAUCCACAAGACAGACUUCUUCACCAACAAAUUCGGUGUCGAGUCAAUCAGGAACACCGAAUUUAAGGAGAUGUCUGCACUGUACCUCCAAGUCAGUAUUGUGAGCCAGGCUCUUAUCUUUGUGACUCGUUCCCGUAGCUGGUCCUUUGUUGAGCGCCCAGGUUUCCUCUUGGUUACCGCCUUCCUUCUCGCACAAUUGGUUGCAACACUCAUCGCUGUCUAUGCCAACUGGGACUUCGCAAGGAUCAAGGGAAUCGGGUGGGGCUGGGCUGGUGUUAUCUGGCUGUUCAGCAUUGUGUUCUACUUCCCACUUGACAUUUUCAAGUUCUUCAUCCGAUUUGUGCUGAGUGGAAGGGCCUGGGACAACCUCCUGCAGAACAAGACUGCUUUCACCACCAAAGAGAACUACGGCAAAGGGGAGAGGGAAGCACAAUGGGCUACUGCACAGAGAACACUCCAUGGCCUUCAAGCACCCGAGCCGGCCUCCCACACACUGUUCAACGACAAGAGCAGCUACCGUGAGCUCUCUGAGAUCGCUGAGCAAGCAAAGAGAAGAGCUGAGAUUGCAAGGUUGAGGGAGCUCAACACACUCAAGGGCCACGUUGAAUCCGUGGUGAAGCUCAAGGGCCUUGACAUCGACACCAUCAACCAGAACUACACCGUGUGAGGAAAUUGGACAUUGAACCAACAAACAUGACAUCCGUGUUGGAGCUAGAUUGGAAUGGAGCUCCGCUUUAAGAUUUUUCCGGUGAAUGAAUGAAACAAACAUGGCUGAUCUGACCAGCCCCUAGUUGUAAAGUGCUACCAAAUAUAUGGUUUCGGUUGUCCGUCUUCUAGAGAGGUUUUAAUGUUCUAGUGGAGUUAUACCGUGUUUGGAGCACGGCGUGGUUGUAAUCGUUUUCGCGUUUUACCCAGUUUCCCCUAACUAGUCGGUGAUCUUGCGGAAGCAAGACGAGAAAUAAUCACUGCAAAUUUUCUGCCACAUGCUUGCUAUCCCAUCACAUGGGUUUAUACAAAGACAAUUCUCGUCUAUAAAUAUCAUAGCUUCUUUUUCUGCAA